AUGAUUAAACUUUAUUCUUUAAAGCAACAUAAAAAAGACGGGGAAACUCCAAAGUCGGGGAAUCAAAGAAAAGCAUCUGCUGCACAUCUUAGAAUAACAAAAGAUUUAAAUGAACUUACUUUACCAAAAACAUGCACCACUGAAUUUCCUGAUCCGGAUGAUUUAUUAAAUUUCAAAUUGACUAUCUGCCCAGAUGAAGGAUCAUACAAAGGUGGAAAAUUCAAUUUUAGUUUUAAGGUUGGAGUCAACUAUCCGCAUGAACCGCCUAAAGUAAAAUGUGAAACAACAGUUUACCAUCCAAAUAUAGAUCUCGAUGGCAAUGUGUGUUUAAACAUAUUACGCGAAGAUUGGAAGCCAGUGCUGACCAUAAACAGUGUUAUUUAUGGCUUGCAGUAUUUGUUCCUGGAACCUAAUCCAGAAGAUCCUCUGAAUAAAGAAGCUGCAGAUGUUUUGCAGAAUAACAAAAGGUUGUUUGAUAUGAAUGUACAAAAAGCAAUGAGAGGUGGAGUUAUUGGCAAUACAUACUUUGAAAAGUGCUUAAAAUAA